AAACAGAGGAAAAAGUGGAGAGAGUUAAGCGAUGAGAGACACAUCUCAUCGCACUUAAUCCGAUAAUUGAAAAUUAGUAAAUAUCAUUAAUAACAUAAUUCCACAAUAAAUCAACUCUCUUCUUUUACAUCUUUCUCCAAUCUCCACUCCACCAUUGCAGCUUUUCCUCCCAAUCUCAACUUCCCCUAACGAUAUUCGAAUAAAUUGCCUAAUCAACAAAGUUUUGACGAGAUUUUGAAAUUUGACCUCGCAUUUGUUGCAUUCGAUUUACGGAUCGCUUCUGAUUCCGAAUUAACUGCGGGUUGCGAUCGUCAUGUCCGGCUCGCCGUCUUCGUCGUCGGGAUCGGAAGAAGAGGAUGAAGGAAUCGACUCGUACCGUAAAGGAGGCUACCACGCCGUCAGAAUCGCCGAUAAUUUCGCCGCCGGUCGCUACAUCGCGCAGAAGAAACUUGGUUGGGGGCAGUUCUCCACUGUCUGGCUCGCCUAUGAUACUGAAUCGUCGAAAUAUGUUGCCUUAAAGAUCCAGAAAAGUGCACCACAAUUUUCUCAGGCAGCAAUUCAUGAAAUUGAAAUUCUUUCCGCGGUUGCUGCUGGUGAUCCCUCAAAUGACAAGUGCGCUGUACGCUUAGUAGACCACUUUAAGCAUGCAGGCCCAAAUGGACAGCAUUUAUGCAUGGUUCUGGAAUUUCUUGGUGAUAGUUUGCUCAGUUUGAUCAAGUAUAACCGGUAUAAAGGUCUCGAGUUCCAUAGAGUUAGGGAGAUAAGUAGAUGCAUCUUGACUGCUCUGGAUUACUUGCAUCGGGAACUACGAAUCAUACACACUGACCUAAAACCUGAGAACAUUCUUUUGUGUUCCACCAUUAAUCCUUCAAAAGAUCCAAUCAGGUCAGGAGUGACUCCCGUCCUUGAAAGGCCUGAGGGAAACCCAAAUGGAGGAGUAGUUAUGAGUAGUAUUGAGAAAAGACUUAAGCAAAGGGCAAAGAGAGCAGUUGCAAGAAUCUCAGAGAGGCGAAUUGGUAUGGGGGGCGGGGUAGGCAGGACUCCAAAGCCUCCUAGGAUCUUGGAUGGGAUAGACUUCACAUGUAAGGUUGUGGACUUUGGAAAUGCAUGUUGGGCCGAUAGACCAAUUGCUGAUGAAAUUCAAACAAGACAAUAUAGAGCACCAGAGGUUAUACUUCAGUCUGGUUAUUCCUUUGCUGCUGAUAUUUGGUCAUUUGCUUGUACGGCUUUUGAACUUGCAACUGGAGAGAUGAUGUUUACUCCCAAGACUGGACAAGGUUUCAGCGAGGAUGAGGAUCACCUUGCUAUGAUGAUGGAGUUCCUUGGAAAGAUUCCACGCAAGAUUGCUACCAGUGGUGCCCGAUCCAAAGAGUACUUUGAUAGAUACGGCGACUUGAAGAGGAUUAGAAGGCUGAAGUACGGAUCCAUUGAUCGAUUACUUGUUGAUAAAUACAAGUUCUCUGACGCUGAUGCACGUGAAUUCGCUGGUUUUCUAUCUCCCAUGCUUGAUUUUGAUCCAGAUAAACGACCCACAGCCCAGCAGUGCCUGCAACAUCCAUGGCUUAAUGCUGACAGUGAGACAAGUGGGCUGAAUGCAGGAAUGAACGACCUGGAAAUCAAGGCGAAGAAGUGAUGUAGGAACGAGGGACAAGUUGUCAACAUGAUCUGAGUUUUGUUUGCAGUAGUUAUUUGAUUGAAUUUAAUUUGUUAAGAUUGUAAUAUAGUACUAUAUGAUUAGCACAAUGACAUGCGAAGAAACUGAGCUGGGGAAACUGAUCAUGAAGCGUUCGGUGCUACUAUAUUCUUUCGCACUCUGUGAGAGAAAAGCAAAUGGAGCUGCACCAGCUCCAUCUUUUUUGGCAUGGGGGAAUCUCCAGCAAUGUAAAGUGCUUCAAGGAACAAACACACGCUCUUCAACUGUCAACAACAAUGAAGCUUGAAUGGUACGACAGCUAUUCCAUAACUGAUUAUUUCGGCCUAGAAGUUGUAAUUGUCUCUCUUUGUUUGGUUUUGGUGCUCACAGAGUUUUCUUUUGUGAAACUAAUCUUGUGUUUCGAUUUUCUGAAUUCAUAAAUCUGCCCCCAUUUUGCAUUAUUUUACUGUAGUUGAUAAAACUUUGAUUUCAAAAGCCAUUUUUUACAUUCCCUGGCU